AAAGAUAAAGAUGAACAGGUCAGAAUAUUUUGGUUUGAUAACUUGUACAAGGUGUUGGGUGAUACGGACCAAUAGGAGCACAGAGCACAGAUUUUAUUGUCUUAUGUUCUCUGACCCUGAACCUGUCAUGUUUCAGCUGUGACUACUUUACAGAUCUGUUCAGUAAUAUAGUCAUUCUCAGAAAGUUGGGUUUGACGCGCGCACCAUGAAGUGACCUUACAGUAUUUAAUACAGUCUGUGUGUUUCAGGGAUGCUGGAGGACGGCGGCGAUGGUCUCCACAUCUCAGACGCCUUCCAUAAAGCCUUCCUGGAGGUGAACGAGGAGGGCAGCGAGGCGGCAGCAGCCACCGCCGUGGUCGCCAUCGGACGCUCCUUCAACUUCAACCGGGAGGUUUUCCAGGCCGACCGACCGUUCCUGCUGCUCAUCAGAGAGUCGAGCAUCAACACGCUGCUGUUCACCGCCCGAGUGGCCGACCCCUGCAACCAAUAAAAACUCUGAGCUCAAAAUCAAGUACUAACAAGUAAAUGUACACGUUCCUCUGUAACAGGCAGCGUGUGUCUGACCACGUAAAAAGAAUCAUCACACCUGA